CGACCAUUUACCCGGUUAAUCUCUCGUUUCUUUCUUUUGCUUGUCGUUCUUAUCUCGCCCUCCCCUUCAGAGGGUUUUCUUUUUCUUCUUUUUUUAUUUUUUUUUUAUUUUCUUUUAUUUUUUUUCUUUUAGUUUAUUUUUGCUUUCCAUUUUUGUAUUCUUCCUUGUUAAAUUUCUUUUUUUUUUUUUUUUUCUUUUAAGUUUGUUUCUCCAAUCUUCUUUCGUCUGAAACCCUAACCCUAGAUUUCGUUUCUAUUGGACGAUAAUUUAUAUAUCUUGUACCUUAAGAUUGAAUUUUUCUGUAUCUCCUUGCUCGCUUGUUUUUGGAAGAAUAUGCAGCAACAGAGGUUAAAACAGCAGGCGAUCAUGCAGCAAUCGCUGUACCACCAUCCUGGUCUCUUGGCUGCCCCUCAGAUAGAGCCCAUCUUGAGUGGAAAUCUGCCUCCUGGGUUUGAUUCAAGUACAUGCCGCAGUGUGUAUGUUGGGAACAUUCACCCACAGGUCACUGAACCCCUUCUUCAGGAGGUUUUUUCUAGUACUGGUCCCCUUGAAGGAUGUAAGCUCAUUAGGAAAGAAAAGUCCUCUUAUGGUUUUGUGGACUACUUUGAUCGAAGAUCAGCUGCUCUUGCUAUUGUGACUCUUAAUGGCAGGCAUUUAUUUGGGCAGCCUAUUAAAGUUAAUUGGGCAUAUACAAGCAGUCAAAGAGAGGAUACAUCAGGUCACCAUAAUAUUUUUGUUGGCGAUCUGAGUCCCGAGGUUACUGAUGCUACGUUGUAUGCGUGCUUUUCCGUUUAUACUAGUUGUUCAGAUGCAAGGGUUAUGUGGGAUCAGAAAACUGGGCGCUCAAGGGGUUUUGGUUUUGUUUCUUUCCGAAGUCAGCAGGAGGCCCAAACUGCAAUAAAUGACUUAAAUGGCAAGUGGCUUGGAAGCAGACAGAUUCGAUGUAACUGGGCUGCAAAAGGUUCUGUUAACAAUGAUGACAAGCAGGGCUCAGAUUCUAAAAGUGUUGUGGAGCUAACAAAUGGGACAUCUGGGAGAUUUUAUCCAUUAUCUUUUUCCUCAUAUGCAGAAGAUGGUCAGGAGAAAAAUAAUGAAGAUGCUCCUGAGAACAAUGCUCAGUAUACCACCGUUUAUGUUGGCAAUCUUGCUCCUGAGGUUACCUCAGUUGACCUCCAUCGUCAUUUCCAUGCCCUUGGUGCCGGCACUAUUGAAGAUGUUCGGGUGCAACGAGAUAAGGGUUUUGGGUUUGUGAGAUACAGUACGCAUGCAGAAGCAGCUCUUGCCAUCCAGAUGGGAAAUGCUCGACUUCUUUGUGGUAAAGCGAUCAAGUGUUCAUGGGGUAGCAAACCUACACCACCUGGGACAAACUCCAACCCUCUUCCCCCACCAAGUGUUGUACAUAUGCCAGGUUUUGCGGCUGCCACCUAUGAACGACAGAUGGCAUUGAGCAAAAUGGGGGGAGCACAAGCCCUGAUGCAUCCACAUGGACACCAUGCUUUGAAGGCAGCCAUGGGAAUGGGUGCUGCUGGAGCUAGUCAGGCUUUAUAUGACGGCGGCUAUCAGAAUAUUGCAACCACCCAGCAGCUUAUGUACUAUCAGUAAUUAUAAGUUGGAAAACCCUGUUAUACUAAGGCUUGGAGGAAUAAGUUUAAUUGAAGAACUUUAGGAUUGUUUUUCGUUUUCACUUUUCCCCUUUUUUUUUUUCCCCCCCUUUUUAUAUUUUUCACAUGUAUCUUAAUAACAUAUACUUAACUGUGUGUACGGUUAGUGUGUUUUUUCUGUGUCAA